GAAAUACAAAUUUGCUUUAGUUUGAGAAAAGCUGUCUUAACGUAAGGUUGUAAUAAUGAGUUCCGAAAUAAACGUUGGUGAUUUAGUAUGGGCCAAAAUGAAGACAUUUUCCCCUUGGCCAGCUCGUGUUGUUCAGCCGGGUCCAAAUACUCCAAGUAAAACAGGAAAGAAAGACAUGCACUGGGUAUACUUUUUUGGAAGCAAAAAUUAUGCAUGGAUAGAGAGCAGUAAUGUAAAGCCUUAUGAAGAGUAUAAGGACAAGUUUAUUUCAUCUAACAAAUCGAGCACUACAAGUCAGUUCAAGAAAGCAAUUGUCGAAAUUGAAGAAUUCAGAGAAAAACUAGCUGAAGAUCCAAAUUAUGAACUACCUCUGCCUGAAAAUAAGACUCCUUCGAAGGAGAAAUCCGAGGAGGACCCUGAUAAGAAAUUCAACAAGCUUUUGUCAUCUAAGAAAUCAGUAAAGAAGUCACCCAAAAUAUUGAAAAUUUCAAAGACUAUAUUUAAUAAAAAAGGAUCAGGAAGCGAGACACCUACACAGAAGCGCAGGAGCCUCGAUGAUGGUUCUGGACCAUCCACGUCUAAGAAAUCUAGAAGAUCGUCCCCAAGGCUAGAAGAGAACGGAGUUCGCGACUACUCUAAACUUCAUGAUCUCAGUUCAGAUGCGAUGCAUCGUCGCGACGUUGGACUGGAGAUUUUAAACAGACACGCACUAAUGGAUGAACCCGAAGAAGAUACUGACUUUAAUUUAGGAGUGUCAUCAAAACUGCUGGAGACAAAAAAUAUAAAUCCUUCUACACUCAAAUUUGGCUUCAUAGGACUAGGUACUAUGGGCACGGGAAUCGUUAAGAACUUAAUUAACUCCGGACACAAGGUGAAUAUAUACAACAGGACGACAAAAAAGAGCGAUGAGUUCAAAGCUAAAGCAGAUCAAAAUAACGACCUAUCUGGUUUAGUAAAUACUUUCAUCACGCCCUGCGAUGUCAUGCAGAACAGCGACAUAGUUUUUAGUUGUGUUAGUGAUCCCACUAACGCAAAAGAAAACGUGGUAGGAAACUGCGGUAUAUUAAAGGCCGGCGAUUACCUCGAAGGCAAAGGGUAUGUGGAAAUGACUAGUAUAAAUCCGAAAGAUUCGCAGGACAUCUGUGAAAUGAUCCGAAGUAAAGGUGGUAGGUACUUAGAAGCUCAAGUGCAAGGGUCAAAAAGAGAAGCAGAUGAUGGUACUUUGGUCGUCUUAACGGCAGGCGACCAAGCCUUGUUUUUAGAUUGUCAGUCGUGCUUUAAGGCGAUGGGAAAAACCAGCUUUUAUCUAGGACCUGCAGGAGCUGCUUCUAAGGCUAGCCUGAUAUUACAAAUUAUUAAAGGGGUAAGUUUAGUUGGGAUGGCAGAAGCACUAGGCUUGGCGGAUCGAUGUGGUAUCUCAACAAAAGACGUUCUAAAAAUCUUCAAUCUAACAGAUCUUUCAUCCGAUUAUUUGUCCAACAAGGCGGAAAGCAUGAUGAACAAAGGUUACGACAAACAAGUUCAUCAAGCCCUCAAACACAUGCAGACCAAUCUGCGGUUGGUGUUAGAUAUGUCAGAGGAUUUUAAACAACCACUGCUGAUGACCUCCACAGCAAACGAACUGUACAAACAUGCCAGAAGGUUGGGCUGCGAUGACCGUGAUGUCUCUUGUGUCUACAUCAGGACGAAGCUCUAAAUGAUGUUUCAUUAUUCACAUAUUUUUAUAGUUUACAUUGUUUUUUAUACCAUGUUUUGUAUGGAAGGUUUUGUAACACAAACAACUUUAAUUUCAUUUCUUUUGAAAUAAUUUUAAAAUUAGUUUGAAUGAGAUAAAUAAUUAUUUUAUGUAUAAGACGUGGAAAACUAUGUUUUCUAAAAUUUCCUCUUAGUUUUUUAACGUAAGGCACCUUUCUGAAGUUUUUUUAUUUAUGGAUACAAUUACAAGCAUUGCAGCAAUCAAACUACAAAAAAUUCGACGCCACUUUAAUAAACUUUUUGGAGAGAACCUUAUGAGACAAUAGACGGAGAGGCGGCGCCGAAAAAUCUCUCUGAAUUUACUAAAGCUAGUUUUUCACAGUUGAUUACUGUGAUUGUGUAGAGAAACAUACUGCGGUCGGUCAAUCGAAACGUAGAACAGGUGGUACUGACAGCUUGUCAAAGUUGCUUACCUGCUGAAGUAAUUAAAUCCAUUUACUAAAGCUGAAAAUCAGUACACACAUUCCAAAUUGAAUAUAAAUAAAAGUUAUUAUAGUCGGCCAGCUGUAUGGCGGGACAGAUCCGGUCGGUCGGCCCCAAUGAAUGUACAGGGUUAUUCACUAUAUUUUGAUCCCCCUCUAAACUGCUUUAUUUACAGAAUUAGAAAAAAAUGUAAAAUACAAAACUUAUUCAAUUUUUAAAUUAUGAUUUUUUGACAUAUAUCUCGUACUAGUGACGUCAUCCAUUUUCAUUUAAAGACAUAGUCGAUUACGUCAUUAAGCCGAAAUGGAUGACGUCACUAGUACGACAUAUAUGUCAAAAAAUCAUAAUUUAAAAAUUGAAUAAGUUUUGUAUUUUACAUUUUUUUCUAAUUCUGUAAAUAAAGCAGUUUAGAGGGGGGUCAAAAUAUAGUGAAUAACCUUGUACAUUCAUUUUGGCCGACCGACCGGCUCUGUCCCGUCAUACAGCUGACCGACUAUAAUAACUUUUAUUUAUAUUCAAUUUAGAAUGUGUGUACUGAUUUUCAGCCUUAGUAAAUGGAUUUAAUUACCUCCGCAGGUAAGCAACUUUGAAAACCUGUCAGUACCACCUGUUCGCUUGACCGACCGCAGUAUGUUUCUCUACACAAUCACAGUAAUCAACUGUGAAAUAACUAGCUUUAGUAAAUUCAGAGAAAUUUUUCAACGCUGCCUCUUGGACUACAACGUGUAUAAUUUUUUAAGGGGACUUUUAGUUUCUAAAUUUAAAAAACUGAAUUUUUAAAUUUUUCUAAAAAAAAAACUAUUAUAUUUUUGGUUACAAUUUUUUUAUACAGUGUUAUAAAGGUUUCGAAGUUUACAAAAAAAUUUUUUUGCACUUUAGUUGAUUUUCACUACUGCAGGGGCGGCUUCCAAAAGAUGCAUUUUAAUUUAGGAGACACUUUUAUGCUUUCCUGUAACAGUUUUUUUUCAAUUCCAACGGGAUUCAAUUUAUGAGACUUACAAAUAAUAAGUAAACUUUUAAAAGGUUAUUUUUAUAUUUUCAUGGCUUCUAUGCGCGAUUUUUUGUAAAGAUAGAAACAACAUCUGUUUUGGGGGUGAAUUUACCCCAUUACUAAAAAGGUGGGGAUUUUUGUUUAACUUUUUAUAUAGGUUUAUUUAGUAGUCGUAUACAGUGAGCACGUAAAGGUUGGAAUAAAUUCAUUUUCUCGAGAAUGGACGAUUUUGGAAAAAAAUCCCGAAACAGGUCACUUUUUAUUUUUAAAUUGCGACUUUUCCCAUUCUCGUAUUCAUAGGUCUUUCAAAUCCUGGUUAAUACUAUUAAACCAUCCUUUCUACGUGUCCCAACCAACUCAGGCGUUUACUUCGUAUUUCUUUUAUGAUUGUCGGUCUAUUAAAAAUUCUAUUUAUUUCGUGGUUCAUUUUUAUACGCCAUUUCCCAUUUUCCUGUAUAGGUGUAUAUAUUUUCCUUAAAAUUUUUCUUUUCCAUCUAAGAAGUUGUUCCACUUGUUUAGUAGUCAUAGUCCAUGUUUCUGAUGCAUACAUUACUACAUGUCUCAUAAUUGUUAUGUGUAUUUUUACUUUUGAAUUAAUAGAUACUAAUUUCGACUUUAUGAUAUUCUGUAGGCUGUAGGUAGAAGCAUUUGUUUCCAAGUGAAAUUGCGCUGUUACCUCAUCACUGUUUUUAUUUCCUUUUGUAACUAAUGAUCCUAAAUAUUUGAAAGGGUUUAAUCUUGUCAAGAUAUAUGAGUGCCUUUCAUUUGUACUUUUUCCCGAGUUGUUUUGAAGUACUUUGUCUUUGAGACAUUAACUUCUAGAUUCUAGACCCAUAGUAUGUGCUGCUUCUUUAAAAUAUGUAUAAAUCUUUUCUAGGUCUUUUAAUGUCCAGCUGAUUAGUAAAUUUUGAGAAAAGUAUUUUUACUGUAGUUUUAGGAAUAAAAUUUAUUUUUCACUAAUCAACGAUAUCUGGUGCAUAUUGGGUGCCCUUACUGUCCAGAAAAAGCUGUAAAUGUUCGUUCAAAGCUUUUUCAUAAUUCUUCCCUCUUGUGAUAUGUCGCUACUUACUGUCCAGGAAAAGCUGUAAAUGUUCGUUCAAAGCUUUUUCAUAAUUCUUCCCUCUUGUGAUAUGUCGCUACUCCUUCUAUUGGCUUGAGCAACACGAGCUUCAUCGAUAUUUUCCGACCAUCUCGUUGCUAUUUGUCCAAUUUUUAUUCCCAUAAUAUGCAUGGAACGCAUCAUUAGAUAUUAAUUUUUUUUUUUCGAGGAACUAGGUAAUUUAGAAUUGUUUUCCGCAAUAAACUGAUUACCUUUACAUUGUGUUUUAAUAUCAUGCUUAUUUCGAUGUGUCCACUUACUUCGACUGCCUUUUAAAUAACCUCCAGAUCCAAUUUUUAGGAGUGUUAGAACCCAACUGUCGAAUUGCAGCUGCACAGGUCAGGCGUCUCGCGCGUUGUUUAAUACAAACGAGUUUCAGCUCAGGUAUGUACCGUGUAAUGCAGCUAGAACUUCGUUUCCAUUUCGAAUUUGUCAAUAAAAUUUUAGGACAGUAUUUAUAUGAUACUAAUUGAUGAUUUUACCUAAAAGACAAAAAUCGAUUUUUUUAAUUCAGAAAGAAAAAGUCCCCUUAAAUGAUUCAAUAGGAAGGUAGAAAGUCUGUUAAAAUAUCGACAUAAUUAAUUAAUCAUGUCAGGGCUUACAUCAAACUUAUAUUUUUUUAUCAUCCAAUCAGUUUUUCUUAUUUUUCCUUCACUAACCUUGUUCUUUAGCCCACAAUGUAGUGCCCUAUGUCGUAGCUGGGUCUCAGCGAUUUUUCAGAAUUUGCCUUUUAUUUUCAUUAGAUUGGGCCACACAAUACACUUCAACUUUUCUGUUUUUAUUCGUACGCAUUUUCUUCUAUUUUUAGGUUCAUAUCGUAUGUUCUGUUUGGUCACCUGUUUUAAUUCAUUCUUUCCACGUAUCCGUAUUGCAUGAUUUGUCAAGUUAUUUGUUGGUGAUCUCGUGUUACUCCUAUCAACACUCUAGUCUCUGUUUCUUAUAUGCACACAUUUUUCCAGCUCUUCUAUAGUUUCAGCGUUUUCUGUAUUUUUCUUAUUAGUGUUUUUAUACGUUCUAUAGUGGAUCUACAUAUUUCUAAUUUUGUUGAAGUAUUGGUUAAUAAAGUAUUAAAUUUAGUUUUUCUUUUAUUUUCACUUUUCCUUUCCAUAUUGGACUCUGUAUAUCCUAUUUAACAUAUCUGUAUAAAUACGCAUUUAAAGAAAAGAUCAAGAGAAGAAAAGUUGUGAAAGGUGGCUGAAAAACAUUCUACCAGUUUAAGGAUUUUGUAUUCUAGAGUCUCAGAUCGGGUAUAAAGUCUUUUAUGACAAUAAUUCAGAUUAGUAUACAGUGUGGGCCAAAGAAAACAGUCCACCUCGAUAUUUUGCAGUAUUUAUUAGAAUUUAAGGAAAUGAAGGAACAGGUCGAUUUUUGAUCUAAGAGGGACACAUUUUUAAGGUACAUACAUCUGUCAUUUGUCAACCCCUUCCUUUCCACUUCCCCCACCCCUUAUUUUUAAAUAGGGAAUAGGGGUCGUGUGCUAGCUCAUUUGAAAGGUUAUCCUAUUCUCAAUUCAGUAAUAUUAACAUUGACAUAAUUAUUUAUACAGGGUGUCCAAGAAAAAUUAUUUUGAAUUAAAUUAAUUGACACAAAAAGAAGAAUGUAAUUUAUUUAACUCAAAAUACAUUCUACUGCUGACAGAAAACAGAAAAAAUGUUUACAUAUUUGAUAAAUAAACAUUGUUGCUUAAAUUCAAUAUUCAACCUACCAAGAGGCAGAUGGGUGGCAGUUUGAAUAUUGAAAUUAAGCGAACAGUAAUGUUUAUUUAUCAAAAAACAUUUUUUUCUGUUUUGUUACGGCAGUAGAAUGUAUUUUGAAUUAAAUAAAUUACAUACAUUCUUCUUUUUGUGUCGAUUAAUUUAAUUAAAAUAUUUUUUCUUGGACACCCUGUAUAAAUAAUUAUGUUAAUGUUCAGAUUACUGAAUAGAGAAUUGAAUAACCUUUCAAAUGAGCUAGCACACGACCCCUAUUCCCUAUUUAAAAAUAAGGGGUGGGGGAAGUGGAAGGGAGGGGGUUGACAAAUGACAGAUGUAUGUACCGUAAAAAUGUGUCCCCCUUAGAUCAAAAAUCGACCUGUUUCUUCAUUUCCUUAAAAUCUAAUAAAUACUGCCAAAUAUCGAGAUGAACUGUUUUCUUUGGCCCACACUGUAUUUGGAUCGAAAAAAAAAUUUGAACAUAAAUUUGAUCUUUUACUUUUUUGCUUUUCAUUUGUCUGUCCGUCCGUCUUAGUUUACUGCAGAUACAUAAAAACGGAUUCUGCUUCAGAAUUGAAACUUAUGGAAACUGGAUGUUUAUAUUCUUUGUUAGAAAAACGUUAGACAGGAACCUAUCCUCGCCGUAUUUCCUACUUUAGUUGUUGUCAUUCUGCUUAUAUGAUCGUUCCAUUUCUCUUGCUUACCCAUACCUUGAUAUUUUCCACCUGGCAUCUCCGUCGUAUAUCUGUACUUCUAGCUCUGUCCCAUAGAUUAUUAUUAUUAUUACCAUCAUCCAUUUUUUUUAUGGUAUUUAUCUCUGCUGUAUCUAGCAUUCGUUUUGUCCUUUAUGUUAGGUCUUGUUUCUGCCCCGUAUGUUAUUAUCGCUGUAAUGGCUGUUUUGUAACUUCUGCUAUAAUUUCUUUCUCGAUAUUUUUAUUUCUUCAUAUUGUUUCAUUCAGCAACCUGCGGCUCUGGUUGCUCUAUUCACUUCAUCUUCCACUUCUGUUUUGAGCUCUCCCUAGCUAGAUAGUGUGUUCCCUAGAUAUUUAACCUUAGUAUAUGAUGUUAUAACCAUGUGUUUUGUGGGGAGAUUGUCAUGUUAAAUUUUCUGGCAGUUAUAUUUAAUGGCAGCUAAUCUUUAAAGCUCAACGUAGGUGGCGCUAGUGUAGUUGGAGGUCACGUCAACUGUCCAAAUCUAUAUAUUUCUAAGUAAAGAUUGCAUUUAUUUCGCUUUGUGAAAUUAAUUUUACAAAAUAAGAUGCCUCAGUGUUGUCAUGUACCUUUGUGCUCAUCUAUAACAUCAGGACAAAGGAUUCCCAAAGAAAAUCUGAUGAGAAAAAAGUGGAUUGUAGCAAUAAGAAGGGAUAAAUAUGUGCCGACAAUAAAUGCACGUAUCUGCAAUAGAUAUUUUGUUGAAACAGAUUACGUAUUGCUCCUGAAAUCGACUGCAAAAAUAUAAAUAGAUACUAUUUCUUUGUCUUUUAUUUUUUUGACAUUAUACACAUUAAGAUUAUCCAUAUUGUUUAUAAAUGGUAUUUUUCAGCCAAGGCUGGAACCAUAUUUGUCAAAAAACUCUUUGUCUUUCGGGAUUAUUUCAUAUGAAUUAAAUCAUUAUUUCUACUUAUACCGGGUGGUGAAUUGGAAAACGCGCCAUAGGAAACUCAAUGUAAAAUUCUAAAUUGUUGAAUUCCUGCUUCCCUAAUUAUUUUACAUCAAAAGUCAUGAGAAACCAUUUGUAGAGGAUUAAAAUCUGUAUUAAAAACAAAAGUUAAAAUUGUUCUACGAUUUAAACAGAGUCCAAAAUUUCGAAAAAUAGAAUACAUUUGCCAUACCUAAGUAAGUGCGUAAAAGUAAGGCCACACGUUACUAUUUCUGAGAGUACGCAAACUAUUGACUGAAUAAAACAUCUUUAUUAUUACUACUUUUUCCUCAACUGAGGAUAUCCUUUAGAAUUUAUUGUUUUUAAACAAUAAAAACGAUAAAAUAAAAAUGCUGACAGUUCAAAAUAUUAUUAAUAUAAUAAUUUGAUUGUUACCGAAGGCAACCCUAUACACAUUCUUGCACUGUGUGUGGCCUACAUUUGGCAAAUACUUUGAUACAAUUUAUUAUAUUUUACAAAAUUUUGGAAUGUGUUUAAUUCGUAGAACAAUUUUAAAAAUUGUUUUCAAUAAAGAUUUCAAUCCUCUACAAAUAGUUUCUCAUGUCUUUUGAUGUAGAAUAAUUACGGAAGCAGGAAUUCAACAGUUUAGAAUUUUACAUUGAGUUUCCUAUGGCCCGUUUUCCAUUUCACCACCCUGUAUAAAUACAUCUCAAUAUCUUUUGUUGUCCAAAAUUGAUGACAAAAGCACAGAGCUCACGACUAGUGACUAACAUCUGAGUUUGUAUCUACUUGAUAAUAGUAAUUUGAAUUAGAUUUCAAACAUAAUUAAUCAUUUUUCAUUUCUAAGUAUGGUAAACUGUCCGAAGUAAUCACUGAAUUUGUUAUUGAAUAGGAACACUUAACUUUUAGCACAGUAGUUAGUGAUCCCACAAGUCCCUCAGGAGAAGCAGCUCAAGGGAUGGUCUAAUAGUCUAAUGAAAUGAAAAGUCCACAAAUAAUGACAUGCUUAGUAUUUGCCUCCUCGUAGGCACGGAUAGCCAUUUUUCAUAUUUCUUACCCCAACCUGUUGCGCUAGAGCUUUUUGUUCAAUUUUAUGCAAGAUUUAGGUUCAGUAGUAAUUUUACAAAAGGUUUUAUAUUUUUUUUUUAUCUGUCAUGUGAAUAACUUUUUUCCAGUAAUUCUCGCAUUUUUUCUCAAUUCGCUUUUCAACUCAAAAUUAGUCCAAGAUCCGUAUUUUCUGCCAUAAUUUAUUAAAUCGCAAUAGUUCAAAUAAAAAUACCAUAUAAGCUUAAAGAACUGUCAAAAUGUGUUGACGUUGAUCUCCAACUACACUAGCGUCGCCAAGCGGGAGCAACGGCGUACAUAGCUGCCAUAGGGCUUUUCAUUCACAGUCAUUUGUUUCGAGCUUCUGUCAUGUGUCACAAUAUUAAUAUACAGUGCGUCCAUAAAGUAACGCAUAAAUUAAUUAUUUCGUAAACCGGCGACUUUAAGGAAAAAUCCCGAAACGGCUUUUUAUUUUUAAAUUACGAUUUUUUUGGCAUAUAUAUCAUACUAGUGACGUCAUCCAUCUGGGCGUGAUGACGUAAUUGAUGGUUUUUUUAAAUGAGAAUAGGGGUCAUGUGAUAGCUCAUUUGAAAGGGUAUUUAAUUCUCUAUACUCUAUUCACUAAUAUAAACACUAAAAUAAAUAUUUAUACAGGGUGUCCAAAAAAAUUGUUUAAAUGAAAUUAAUUGACACAACAAAAAUAAAUGUAUAUAAUUUGUUUGAUUCUAGAUACAUUUUAUGGACUUCUCUCAGGAAACAUAAAAAUGGUUAAUUUGAAAAAAUAAACAUUGAUUUUCGCUUAAACAUAAUGUUCAAAUUUCCAAGAGGUAGGUGGGUGGCAGCUUUAACAUUGAAUUUACGCGAAAAGCAAUAUUUAUUUGUCAAAUAAACAUGUUUUUCCUGUUUUCUGAUAACCAUAAAACGUAUUCUGAAUUAAAUAAAUUACAUACAUUUUUCGUUUUGUCUCAAUUAAUAUAAUUAAAAGAGCAUUGUUUGGACACGCUGUAUAAAUAAUUAUGUUAAUGUUUAUACUAGUGAAAAGAGAAUUGAAUACCCUUUUAAAUGAGCUAUCACAUGACUCCUAUUCUCAUUUAAAAAAAUCAUCGAUUACGUCAAAGUCCAGAUGGAUGACGUCACUAGUAUAAUAUAUAAGCCAAAAAAUUGUAUAUUAAAAGUAAAAAUCGACCUGUUUCGAGAUUUUUCCUUAAAGUCGCCGGCUUACGAAAUAAUGAAUUUAUGCGUUACUUUAUGGACGUCAUGCGUCACACGUUAUUGGUAUAUCCAAUGAUACAAACCAAAGACAUAUGACGUAAAUAUAAUAUUAUUAUGUGAAAAAUGACAGAAGCUCGAAACAAAUGACAAUCGAUGAAAAGCCCUAUUGGCACAGCAUACGUUGCAAAUCAUAUUCACUUCACAUCUGAUUCCUACUGAGUCUUCUGUAUAGCAGGUUAUUGUAAGUUGUUUUCCAAUUUGGUACCCUUAUUUAGUUCUUAUUUUUUUUAUUAUUUCAUGAUCAGGUUAAACCAGUGGUUCCCAACCUUUUAUAUCUGGCGACUCACCUUCUCAUGUUUUUUCAUAUUCGCGACCCAUCCCUCACCGAUGACGUUACGCUAUUUUGUACUCUGUACGCCACUCAGCUACUGUAAGAGCCACACCGCGACUCACCUGAAAUCUGUCCGCGACCCACCGGUUGGGAAACGCUGGUUAAACAAUAGAGCACUCAGGGAAUCCCACAUCCCACUGUCUUGUUAUCUUCACUGAGUAUAAGUUUUAUUGUGUUGUUUUGGUAGAUAUUUUCCAUUGUUUUCAUAGUUGUUAGAGGUAUCUGUCCUGCUUAUAAUAAAUGGGUAACGUCCUUUAAUUUAACCCUGUCAAAUUCCUUCUUAAGGUCCACGAAACAUAAAUAUAUCGUCGGUCGGUGCAUGAUCUUCCCGACAUUUCAAUUCCCCUUCCUCCAGCUUCUUCCUUCUCCCUUGUGGUGUCCACUUCAAAAUCUGUUUAGGGAUCCUGUCAUCUGUCAUGCUCUGUACAUGGCCGUACCUUAUUAUUUGUUUUGUUUUUAUUUCAUCAAUUAUUAUUGGAUGUGGUACUCCUAUCAUUUCUCGUAUUCUCUCAUUUGGUAUCCGAUCUCUUCUUGAUUUGCCUGAUGAUCUUCUCCAGAAGUCUAUUUCUGUUCCUAGUAACAUUUUCUUCGUUCUUUGUUUCAGUGGCCAAACUUCACUGCCAUAUGUGAUUACACUUAUAAGUAUGUUACUGUAUAUGAGCUGUUUGUUCGCUUUAUACAGGGUGUUUCAUUAACAAUUGACCAUAUCGUAACUGAAGAAAUACGAAGCACAAAAUACGAAGAUUUUACCCAAAACACUUACAUAAAAUAUUCUCCAUACCGAGAUACAGAGUGUUUUAUUACAAAUAUUCUAAAAUGAUUUUAGCCCAUGGUUAAAGCACCUUUUAAUAUUUUUUGUUCAAACUUGACACACAAUUUACACAUGCUAGCGUACUUUAACUAGUCUUACAAGAUAAUUUUCUGCUGUUACCAGAGGCUAUAUAUAAGGAUAUAUGAAGAGCAGAAAUUCCAAACGUUCUAAGUGCCUUUCGCUAUUUUUGUCAGGAAAGGAAAAAAACUGUCUAAGUCAUAGGUCGCGUGCUUUGAACAUUGUCAUUCUUUAGGUAGGCAACACACCACGCUUAACAGGGGUUUGGCACUUGUAACGCUUUAGGUCUAUUGGCGAUGGCACAUAGAACAUAUUUAACAGAAAUAUCUUAUUUUGAAAAAAAUGGCACUUAGAACGUUUGGAAGUUCCACUCUUCAUAUACUUCCUUUUCCCCCCUUACAAUCUACGCCACUGUCUUAAUAAUCAUUUCAGCAUGUUUUUUAUUCUUCGUUACUUUUUACGUAAAUAUCACCGUAUGUCUCAAUGCGAUAUAGUAAGUAGUUUUCAAGUUAUUUGCGUUUUAAUGUAAUGGAUUCAAUAAGAUUAUGUAUUUUAAACACAUAAUCUUAUUGAAUGUAGUUUAAAGUAGCCUACAUAGUUUUAUGGAAUCCAUUAUCUUUAAACGCAAAUAACUUGAAAACUACUUACAUUAUCGCAAUGAGACAAAAGGAUGAUGUUUAUGUAAAAAGUAACAAGGAAUCAAAAAACAUGCUGAAAUGAUUAUUACGAGAGUGGCGUAGAUUGUGAGGGGGAAAAGGGGGCGAGAAUGAAGUAUAUAUCACUACAGCACGCCUCUGGUAACAGGGGAAAACUAUCUUUUAAGACUAGUUAAAGUACCCUAACAUGUGUAAACUGUGUGUCAACUUUGAACAAAAAAUAUUAAAAGGUGCUUGAAAAAUAUCAUUUUAGAAUAUUUGUAAUAAAACACUCUGUAUCUCGAUAAGGAGGAAUAUUUUAUUUAAGUGUUUUGGGUUUUUUAAAAUCUUCGUAUUUUGUGCUAAGGUUCUCCAGUUACAAUAUGGACAAUUGUUAAUGAAACACCCUGUAUAUUGUUUGUUCCCACCGUUUGUAGUUGGUGUGUGACGACAUUGAUAAAACAAUGACAGUGACCUAGAAGAAAAAACAACCUAAGACAGAGGAGCAUGCAAAAUGGAAACUCAAGAGGUGGUAACAGCCGCAAAGUUUUCUGUUUUAGAAUUUUGUCCCACAUAUCAGAAUCAGUCAUGACUUUUUCUGUGAUAAUAGAUUUGGCAGCUUGUAUUUGAUGUCUAACGUACAAAGUAGAAACGUCAUCCCUUGAGGAAAACUAUCACUCUUGAGGAAUGGUUUUUCUUACGUAAUUAAGGUUUUCUGUAGUACAAAUUCUUCCAUACAAGUUUAUUAAUCUAGUAAUAUAAUUUUUAUAAAUAUUAGUUUAAGAACAAACCUAAUUUUUAUAACAUAAGCCAUUUGUUUCUUUAUUGUUUAUAUAAGCAGAAUGCAUUGUUUAGUGCCUGUACAAAAACUAUAGUUUAGAUUUAUCUGAAGGAAUAAGUGCAAGUGCAGUUUUAUAGUGUUUUUGCAAUCUCAGGGGACUAAUAAAAUUGGAGAAGCAGGCAGUUUCAGGUGUGGGUGCCUUGGUGUCGUAUGUCUAUAUUUUUUUAAUAGUGACAGGUUGUCAGUCUACAUUAAAUGUUUGCAAAAUAUAUUGUAUAUCUACAAAAUAUUUAUAAAUUAGCCCAUCGUUGUUUUUUCAUAUGGUAAAAAUAUUUUUUUAUUAAUAUUUAAGAUUUAACCUCAAAUAAAUUCCUAUUAUGUAUUACAAUUAAAACCCAGUUUUUUCAUUGUAAUAAGUAAUUUUAAUAAAGAUUGUAAUUUUAAGAACUCUGCAACCAUUUCUCCAGUAAAAAUCAUUUUGUAAAAAUGAAUUUAUCUUCAGAUUUUCAGAGUUAAAAAUUGUAUAAGAAUCGGCAAAACAUUUUUAGUGGCAGUCUCUAUUAAAAUAUAUUUUUGUUUGAGGCACCCAUGCUGUAAAUUUGCUUAAAAUUUUGAUUUAUUACUGUGUCCCAAUUGCGAAAAAAUUAUAAGUUUUUCGAUGAAAAACUUUUUAUUUUAUUAGUGUUUUAUAUCAUAAUAAAUUGUAUUUGAUCUGAAUAGAUAAAUAAAAGUAUAAUUCACGUCA